CCAGACUCGCUCCUUCGGGUCGCGGGUGCACUCCGGCCCCGCUCCCGCCUCGGCCCCGAUGGACGCCGCUCUCCUCCUCGUCCUCGGGCUGCUGGCCCAGAGCCUCUGCCUGUCUUUGGGGGUUCCUGGACAGAGGAGGCCCACCACCCUGUACCCCUGGCGCCGGGCGCCUGCCCCGAGCCGCGUGCGGAGGGCCUGGGUCAUCCCACCGAUCAGUGUAUCCGAGAACCACAAGCGUCUCCCCUACCCCCUGGUUCAGAUCAAGUCAGACAAGCAGCAGCUGGGCAGCGUCAUCUACAGCAUCCAGGGACCCGGCGUGGACGAGGAGCCCCGGGGCGUCUUCUCUAUAGACAAGUUCACGGGGAAGGUGUUCCUCAAUGCCACACUGGACCGUGAGAAGACCGACCGCUUCAGGAAAUUUGGGGCCCACAGAGCCAGCCCUUGCUCUGUGUUUGAACAGCUAAGAGCGUUUGCCCUGGACCUGGGAGGAUCCACCCUGGAGGACCCCACGGACCUGGAGAUUGUAGUUGUGGAUCAGAACGACAACCGGCCAGUGUUCCUGCAGGAGGCGUUCACCGGCCGCGUGCUGGAGGGCGCAGCCCCAGGCACCUAUGUGACCAGGGCGGAGGCCACAGAUGCCGACGACCCCGAGACAGACAACGCGGCACUGCGGUUCUCCAUCCUGCAGCAGGGCGGCCCCGAGCUCUUCAGCAUCGACGAGCUCACAGGCGAGAUCCGCACCGUGCAAGUGGGGCUGGACCGUGAGGUGGUCGCGGUGUACAAUCUGACCCUGCAGGUGGCAGACAUGUCCGGAGACGGCCUCACAGCCACUGCCUCAGCCAUCAUCACCCUUGAUGACAUCAAUGACAAUGCCCCCGAGUUCACCAGGAACGAGUUCUUCUUGGAGGCCACAGAGGCCAUCAGCGGAGUGGAUGUGGGACGCCUGGAGGUGGAGGAUAGGGACCUGCCAGGCUCCCCCAACUGGGUGGCCAGGUUUACCAUCCUGGAAGGCGACCCCGAUGGGCAGUUCACCAUCCGCACGGACCCCAAGACCAAUGAGGGUGUUCUGUCCAUUGUGAAGGCCUUGGACUAUGAGAGCUGUGAACACUACGAGCUCAAAGUGUUGGUGCAGAAUGAGGCCCCGCUGCAGGCAGCUGCCCCCAGGGCCGAGCGGAGCCAGGCCAAGGUCCGCGUGCAUGUGCAGGACACCAACGAGCCCCCCGUGUUCCAGGAGAACCCACUUCGGACCAGCCUAGCAGAGGGGGCACCCCCAGGCACUCUGGUGGCCAUCUUCUCUGCCUGGGACCCUGACACAGAGCAGCUGCAGAGGCUCAGCUACUCCAAGGACUACGACCCGGAAGACUGGUUGCAAGUGGACGCAGCCACUGGCCGGAUCCAGACCCAGCGGGUGCUAAGCCCGGCGUCCCCCUUCCUCAAGGGCGGCUGGUACAGAGCCAUUGUCCUGGCCCAGGAUGACGCCCCCCAGCCCCGCACCGCCACCGGCACCCUGUCUAUUGAGAUCCUGGAGGUGAACGACCACGCACCCGUACUGGCCCUGCCGCCGCCAGGCAGCCUGUGCAGCGAACCGCACCAGGGUCCCGGCCUCCUCCUGGGCGCCACGGAUGAGGACCUGCCCCCCCACGGGGCCCCCUUCCACUUCCAGCUGAGCCCCAGGCUCCCAGAGCUCGGCCGGAACUGGAGCCUCAGCCAGGUCAACGUGAGCCAUGCACGCCUGCGGCCGCGAAACCAGGUCCCCGAAGGCCUGCACCGCCUCAGCCUCCUGCUCCGGGACUCGGGGCAGCCGCCCCAGCAGCGCGAGCAGCCGCUGAACGUGACCGUGUGCCGCUGCGGCCAGGACGGCGUCUGCCUGCCGGGGGCCGCCGCGCUGCUGGCGGGUGGCACAGGCCUCAGCCUGGGCGCACUGGUCAUCGUGCUGGCCAGCGCCCUCCUGCUGCUGGUGCUAGUCCUGCUCGUGGCACUCCGGGCACGGUUCCGGCAGCAGUCGCGGGGCAAGGGGCUGCUGCACGGCCCCCAGGACGACCUUCGAGACAAUGUCCUCAACUACGAUGAGCAGGGAGGCGGGGAGGAGGACCAGGACGCCUACGACAUCAGCCAGCUGCGUCACCCGACAGCGCUGAGCCUGCCUCUGGGGCCGCCGCCACUUCGCAGAGAUGCCCCACAGAGCCGCCUGCACCCCCAGCCACCCCGAGCGCUGCCCACCAGCCCCCUGGACAUCGCCGACUUCAUCAGUGAUGGUUUGGAGGCUGCAGAUAGUGACCCCAGUGUGCCGCCUUACGACACAGCCCUCAUCUAUGACUACGAGGGUGAUGGCUCGGUGGCGGGGACCCUGAGCUCCAUCUUGUCCAGCCAGGGCGAUGAGGACCAAGACUACGACUACCUCAGGGACUGGGGGCCCCGCUUCGCCCGGCUGGCAGACAUGUACGGGAACCCAUGAGGGUCGGAGCAAGGGGCCAGAUGGGACCACGGGGCCAGGGAGGGUCUUUCUCCCAGGGCACCUCUACUCAGACACAGAGGCCGGACAGCCUGACCCUGGGGCACAACUGGACACGCCACUCCCCGGCCGCGUGGCAGCGAUGGCCCCUGCAGAGGCAGCCUGAGGUCACCGGGCCUGACCCCCACGGGCCUGGGGCAGCCUCCUUCCUGCAGGCGAGGGCCCAAGUCUGGGGGCAGAACCUGAGUGUGGAUGGGGCAGCCAGGAAGAGGACCCUUCCUGCCGGGGUGGGAAGAGUUUCUCUCCUUCGGCCCCAUGGGGGUCACCCCCCUAGUCCCACCUUUGCCUCCUACCAGUGGAUCUCAUCUUUGUACGAAAGACAGAAACCUCCUGGGUAAAUCUGAAUGAAAACCAUGCUAGUCUCUCUCAUG